AUGGCGAAGUUGCAAAAGUCUUUGAAGCAACGGCAACAUCAUUCCAUGCGUCAUAGUCGUCACGUCGCCAAAUUGACCCCAUCUGAGAUUCGAUCGCUUAAUAAUAAUAUUGCUCUUGUCUCAAAGACUGGAAGUCAAUCUAGUUCCAAAGGAACUUCUUCACCGGCAAGAUCAAGACGUUCAACCAAUGCUACUCCACCAGCGACUCCCGAUGACCCUUCUGCCUCUCCAGCACAGGCUCAUAGAAACCCCGGUUCGAGAAAUAACAGUGUCAACCUCCAGACUCCCCCCCAUACCCCGAAUGAGCAUCGAAGAUCAUCCCAAUCGAGUACCCACGGCCAUCAUCAUGGCCACCCUGUUCAGAGCCAUGCGAAUGGAAUCAUUCACGCUCCACGACCUCGAGGAUCUGCCCAAGCCGCCUUCAUGGUCGCCAAUGGAAUAUCUUCUCGUCCAUCAAGCUCUGGUUCGUCUAACUAUCGUGGAUUUCCCACCUAUCGAGGACCGGAAGUCACUCGUACUGGUUCGAUCAAUAUGCUUCAACGUCCUUCACCCACCAUCGUGACGAAUCCAUUGUCCAAUUUCUCCAGGCCCCGGCAGAGUAUGGUUAGCUCGUCACCAGAGCGAUGUCGGCAGGAAUCGCAAGAUAUUGGUAUUUUGGGGCCUCAAAGUUUGCGUAAUGGACGCGCCAAUUCUUUGCCCAGUGUCAGUGCACCUUCAUCCAGACAACCGAGCCCCCCGAGGGUUACCGAUUCUCCGGUGUCGAUGAUCGUCGACGGCACCGAGAAAUUCCCGGUCUUGGAUCCUGUCGAUGAUCCACACAAUCAACCCAAGAUCCAGGACGACGAUGAAGAUGCUCAAAAUGAAUCCAAACCACGGGGCGAUGAUCAGACCCAAGAGAUAUCCACGACUCCUGUCGACAGGUCAAAGGAGGUGGCGGAGCCAAAGUCGCCGGGUAAGAAGGACAAACCCAAAAGGUUUACGAUCAGCACCGCUUUGUUUGGUGGAGAUAAGAGCCAUCAAGAUGGCGCAGAGAACGCCAGCAAACUUAAGAAAGCCCGAAGACGGACCCUCUCUUUCACCAAGAGUGACGGGAUUGAAAAAUCAUCUCCCGAAGUGCCGACCACUGCACCCCCUGAGGAGGUCCAGGUGGAUGGAGCGACCAUCGAAAACGGUGAUUUUGCUGCACAUCCAUCAGUUCGGCCUCUAUCUUUGAUUAUCCCCGGCGAAUUCAAAGGCAAAGAGAAGGAAAUUUACUCCGGCCCGGUCUACGCUCGAUGCGCUUGCUGUGGUAAAUUGAAACGUCCGCCGGGGUAUACGAACGGACUCACCCCAGUGGUGGAAAAUGAGAAUUUGAGGACCAAUUUCAGUUUCGAAAUCGAACGAACGUCAGACACUACGGCAAGACGAAGUUCGGAUGCCAGUCGAGGCAAAUUUACACCAAUCAUUCCGAUGGAGGUCGGCGAAAGUGAGACACGUCAAGCAACAAUUGAACCGCCCAUAAGUUCGUCUAGUCCCAUGAAGCAGCAGAAUCAGUACACGAGCAUGCCUCCUCCGACUAGGCAGCAAAAUCAAUAUACAAGCCCGGCGAGGAGACCGAAGAGACAUUCUGAUCCUCCGAGAUUCGUCAGAUUCGGCAGCUUACAUGGUCGACGAAAUGCUGAUCCAACAGUGAUCACUGAAGAGGAUGAAGAUGAAGUGGAUGAAAAUCAACCUCUAAUGACUGAGCAAGCUAAUCCGGAUCAAACGGGUGUGACAGCCCACGAUUUCGCCGUAAUGGAUGAAGUGGUGACAAGUCAACCGGUGUUCGACAGCGAAACGGACCGAGCAGUAGUCGAGGCAAAGUUGAAUGAACAGCUUCUCACAACCGAGGUGCCGGAGCCCAUUUCCCGACGACCAUCAAAUACGGGAUCUGAAUCCGACAAUUUCUUCACACCUGUUCCUGGUACGACGCCCGUGGUUGAGGAUCAAUCCAACGAGAAGCAAGAUGCCGAGCAAACAAUGCUGUUGAACCGAGAGAACUCUUUCCUCGGGCUCCCUGAGCCGCAACUUGGACCCGAUUUUGCACCGAGCAACGCGACACUUGGAGAAUUGGUUCUCGCCCCCAGUACGAACACGGUGAAAAUUAACAGCCUGACGGAUUUGGGGGCGAGUGGUGCAGCCGUGGAUAAUGGUGAGAAGAAUAUCUUGGAAGGGCUGGAAAAGUCGCGGGAGGUCGAUGCAGAGAGACACAAAGGUCAAAAAUGGGUUGCUGAAGUCAUGGCUGUGUAA